UCCAUUCGCCGCUUAUCGUUCGUCAGUCACGAGACAGAUAUGCCGUUUCUUAAUCGCGCCCUCCCACAAAAAAACGUGCCAAGCGCAUAUUUUGGUCAAUCAUCUCCCAUACUAAUACCCCCCCUCAACAUUACACCUGGUGAUAAGGAAUGAAGGGAUUUCGGGUAAUCAACGCGCAUAGCCAGACUGAGUUUAUUAUGAUUUUUAGUGCACAGGGCGCACAAGGGGGUGGAUGACAUGCACAUGAUAUCGGUCGCGAAAUGUGAUAAUAAAGCAGAUCGUUAUUAAGGUGGCGUAAGGGCGCAGAUUUAGGGCAUGUCCUACUGUUUGCCUUAUCGUUAUCAUUGGCAAAGGAAUGGUAGCCGAAAAUUGAUAAAAUCCUUCCCGGUCGCGUAUUUAAAGAGGUUCGCGUUGGGCGGCAAGGCUUCAAACUCAUCCAGUCGCGUUAACUCGCAACACGUUGAAUACGUACGUAGAAUGAGAAGUGUGAUGGUGUAUAGUGUGGCGGUAGCCGUGCUGUUGCUGGUGGUGGCCGUAUCGGAGGCCCAGAUUCAUCCGGACAUCAUUGAAGAUGCUCAUCUAGACUCGAUUGGUCUGCUGCGCAAGUAUGGCUACCCGGCAGAGGAACAUAUCAUCGAAACGGACGACGGCUAUCUGCUGGGCGUGCACCGUUGCCCGGGCAGCCCGCUGUCGCCACCGGCCCCGGGCAAACCGGUCGUACUGCUGCAGCACGGUAUGCUGAGCUCGUCCGCCGACUACAUCCUGAUGGGGCCGGACACCAGCCUGGCGUACAUGCUGGCCGACGCCGGGUACGACGUGUGGAUGGGCAAUGCGCGCGGCAACCGGUACUCGCGGCGCCAUCGCUUCCGCAGCAACACGACGCAAACGUUCUGGGACUUUUCGUGGCACGAGGUCGGCAGCAUCGACAUCCCGAACAUGAUCGACUACAUACUGGUGCGGACGGGGCAGCAGUCGCUGCAGUACGUUGGCCACUCGCAGGGUACGACCGCGUACUGGGUGAUGAUGUCGCAGCAUCCGUACUACAAUCGGCGCAUCAAGAGCAUGCACGCGCUGGCGCCGGCCGCCUACAUGCACAACACGCGCAGCCCGUACGUGCUGUUCCUCGCGACCUUCCUGUACACGACCGACCUGAUGCUGCAGAUGAUGGGCACGUGGUGGUUCGAGCCGACCAACGAGAUGGACAUCCAGGGCGGGCUGCAGAACUGCCACGACGGUGCACCGUUCCAGGACAUGUGCUCGAUCAACACGUUCCUGAUUGCGGGCUUCAACACGGAGGAAGUCAACUCGACCAUGCUGCCCGUCAUCCAUGCCCACUCGCCCGCCGGUGCCUCGACGAUGCAGAUGAUCCACCACGCACAGACGAUCCGGUCGCGCAUCUUCAGACAGUACGAUCACGGGCCGAUGAACAUGGUCCGUUACGGGCAGCUAACGCCGCCGGUCUACAAUCUGGCCAACGUGCAGGCACCGACACUGUUCUAUCACAGCACGAACGAUUGGCUGGCCACACCGGCCGACGUGGAGCUGCUGUAUCGCGAGCUGCCGAACGUGGUGAAGCGCUACCUGGUGCCGCUGCCAGCCUUCAACCAUCUCGAUUUUGUGUGGGCCAUCAACGUGCGAUCGCUGCUGUACAACGAACUGCUGGCUGAUCUGAGGGCGUACGUGUAAAAGCGUUGUGGAAAUACAUCCUCGAUUGAUGCACCUGCUUUUUUGCAAUGCAGGCUGUGAAGAUUGUAAAGAGACUGUUUAUUGUUAGCAACUAAACUGUAAACUUGAAUAGACUAAGCUAGAUUCUUA